GCUGUAGAAACUGCGGCUAUGUGGUGGAAUUAGUCUUGCGCAGGUAUGGCCCCAGCACUUCUCGCCACCUCCUUGGAACAUGUCCAAACGUUUUCGACACCGGCAGCACUUGAUGCCUCAUUGCUCCAAGUCACAAAGAAUCCCCAUCCUUCUGAAGCGCCUCCCGACGAAGACCUUGCCUUCGGAAAGCAUGUCACAGACCACAUGCUGCAAGUUCAAUGGACCUCGGACUAUGGAUGGCACCGGCCGCGUAUCAUCCCUUACCAGGAAAUAUCUCUCGAUCCGACUGCCUGCGUGUUCCAUUAUGGAUUCGAGUGUUUCGAGGGCAUGAAGGCCUACAAGGAUGCAGACGGCCGUAUUAGGCUGUUUCGGCCUAAUGCAAAUCUCGACCGCUUCAACAAGUCGGCAGCUAGAAUAGCGCUACCCGAGUUCAACUCUGGAGAACUACUGAAGCUGAUUGCAGAGUUUGUCAAGCUUGAAGCAGAGUUCAUCUCUGCGCGCCCAGGAUACUCGCUCUAUCUCCGUCCAGUACUUAUUGGUACGAAUCGUGGACUGGGGGUCUCGGCACCUACUUCAGCUCUUCUAUAUUUGGUCGCCUCCCCUGUCGGACCCUACUUUUCCGCUGGCUUCAAGCCAAUUCGGCUGGAGGCAACAAGCAGCUCAUAUGCCACUCGAGCCUGGCCAGGAGGGGCAGGCAACCAAAAGAUUGGUGGGAAUUAUGCACCUUGUAUUGCUCCGGAGAAGGCAGCUCAAGGACGCGGGUUUCAUCAACUGCUUUGGCUUUUUGGAGAUGAUGACGACAUCACCGAAGCCGGAACCAUGAACCUCUUUAUCGUCCUCCGAGUGCCAGGCGGCGACAAUUUCGAAAUCGUCACACCGCCAUUAGAUGGCAUGAUUCUCCCUGGUGUCACUCGCGAUUGCGUCUUGAGCCUCGCUAGGGAGAGGCUUCAACCACUUGGUUGGCUCAUCAGCGAGCGCAGAAUCUCCAUGGCGGAAGUGGCUCGUGCCUCGCAGACUGGGACUUUGGUCGAGGUCUUCGGCACAGGAACCGCCGCUGUGGUUAGCCCUGUCAAGGCUAUCAAAUGGAAAAAUGACCUACUCGAUUGCGGUCUCGCCCCCACGCAGAAUGCGGGGAAAGUGGCGACAUUGAUGAAAACCUGGAUCGAGAAUAGGCAGUAUGGUGUUGAAGACCAUGAAUGGAGCGUACUUGUCGAUCGCAUUGGUAGGUAGUAUGCUUCCAAUCCUUCCCACUCGAUCGUGCUGUUUUGGAAUUGCCGAUGGAAAUUGCGAUCUCUCUAUCAACUUUUUGGUAAUUAGCACUUUUUGGAUCGAGUGGCCGCUUGGCGAUUUCCUUGUCAUUCAACGAGUGCACCUAGAACGCUAUACAAUAAGCUAAGAUGUAUAUUCUCCCGUAUAUGUCGCUCCCUAUAAUUAUGAAGCCUUGACCAAUUUUCCUAAUGCCUAAAAAUAUGCCGGUCGGGAG